CCUAACGCUGGCAGCCUAUCAUCCAAUUGAUUUCUCCAGCAGUUGUUCGGGUAAUAUGGGCUUGGACUGUGAGAAGAUAGGACAGCGGAGGGUAAAAUGGAUCGCUUCAAUUAUUUAGGCUCAUGUUUUUAAAGUGUAUAAUGCCGGGGUAUUUUGUCACAGUCGGCGUACAGAUGUUACCAGUCGGUGCGGAGACAGAAACCGUUAAUCUGGUAUCCAUGGUAGCCCUGAUGGUAGGGACAUCAUAACGGUUAUAUUAAGAUUGGGUUCCAUGUAUUGAACACUACUGGGGCCAAAGUCAAGUCAUGAGCAAUUCAAAUGAGAAAACGACAGUUCGCCAACAGAGUUCAGAGAAUAACUCAGUCAGCAGUAGUGACUGGGAUAUGGCAAAUGAUGUGUUCGUGUCCUACGACGAGGACCCGAUGAGAGACACCGUCCCUCCCGGGGAGAUGGACCCGGCGCAGCCCGGCUUGGACAGGCACCUGCCGCUGCUCCGAGGCGAGCACCACCGGCUAUCCCAGGACAGCAUGAUGUUGGGCCUGGUGGAGGAGGAAUACUCGGCGUCGUCGUAUCUGGAUAUCGACCCGAACUACACGGAAAGCGACGGGAAUGUCACCGCCGCCGCCAAGAAAAGGAACCGGUCCAACGGCUCCAGACACAGGGGCGAGGUCGUCACCGAGCUGGGGCCGGAGGAGGUGCGGUGGUUUUACAAAGACGACAAGAGGACGUGGAAGCCAUUUGUCGGACACGACUCGUUAAAAAUCGAGGUUGUCUACCGGAGAUUCUGCGAGCUGAAUCCCGACAAGGUCAAACGCCCCAGCGGUCCAGCCGAGGCCGAAGGGGAGGCCGCCGGGUCCGAGAGCCAGCAGGAGAGUGCGGCGGAUUGGGGAAGCGUCCAGGCGGAGCCGGCGGUCCAGCGCCUCGGAGCGGAGCGGGGCUCGGUUUCGGACCUGGAUGGCAUCAGCAUCAGUGUGGAGGCUGUGUGUGUCAGAGGGGGGCUGUAUGAAGUGGAUGUCAAGGAGAAAGAGUGCUACCCAGUGUACUGGAACCAACAAGACCGUAUCCCUGUGAUGAGGGGUCAGUGGUUCAUUGACGGCACGUGGCUUCCCUUGGAGGAGGACGAGAGCGACCUCAUCGAGCUGGAGCAUCUCGCCCGUUUCCGGGGGCAACAGAUGAGAGACACCUAUGAGAUGGAGACGGUGACCACCACAGUGGACAGCAAGGACGCAAUCCACAGUCUGAAGCUGAGCCGGAGCCAUGUGGACUGGCACAGUGUGGAUGAGGUGUAUCUGUACAGCGAUGCCACCACCUCCAAGAUAGCACGCACCGUCACCCAAAAACUGGGCAUCUCCAAAGCCUCCAGCAGUGGUACCCGUCUCCAUCGGGGGUACGUGGAGGAGGCAGCACCCGAGGACACCCCGCCCGAAACAACCCACAUUGUCUUUGUGGUGCACGGCAUCGGUCAGAAGAUGGACCAGGGCCGCAUCAUCAGGAACACAAGCAUGAUGAGAGACGCUGCCAGAAAAAUGGAGGAGAAGCACUUCUCUGAUCGCACCACCGAGCACGUGGAAUUCCUUCCAGUGGAGUGGAGGUCAAAACUGGCUCUCGACGGAGACACAGUGGACUCCAUCACACCAGACAAAGUGAGAGGUCUCAGAGACAUGCUGAACAGCAGCGCUAUGGACAUCAUGUACUACACCAGCCCUCUGUACAGAGAUGAGAUCACCAAGGGCCUGACUCUGGAGCUGAAUCGUCUCUACACACUCUUCUGCUCGCGGAAUCCUGAGUUUGAGCAGAACGGGAAGGUUUCCAUCGUCUCCCACUCGCUGGGCUGCGUCAUCACCUUCGACAUAAUGACGGGCUGGGACCCCGUGCGCUUUCAUUAUCUGGAGGCACCAGACCCGGAGGAGACGAAAGCCCGCUGGCCGAGUCAGGAGGAGCGCCACCUUCAGGAGCAGCUGAGACUCACAAGACUGAGGUUGAGGGACUUGGAAGAUCAGUUCCAGGGUUUGCAGACCUCCACCUCUGUAGCAGUACCAGCACUGAAAUUCAAGGUAGAGAAUUUCUUCUGCAUGGGCUCCCCCCUGGCUGUGUUCUUGGCGUUACGAGGGAUCCGCCCGGGAAACAACGGCGCGCAGGACCACAUCCUGCCCAAAUCGAUCUGCCAACGUCUGUUCAACAUAUUCCACCCCACCGACCCUGUGGCGUACAGAUUGGAGCCCCUCAUCUUAAAGCACUACAGUAACAUUGCACCUGUUCAAAUACACUGGUAUAACACCACUAGUCCAACACCGUACGACCAGAUCCGGCCCACGCUGCUGAACCCCCUGAAGGAAAGUGCAUCGGUGUCGGACUCGGAGAGCAUCCCCAGCCCCUGCACCUCCCCGCCACAGGCCCGAAGGCACUACGGAGAGUCCAUCACCAGCCUGGGCAAGGCCAGCAUCAUGGGUGCUGCAAGUAUCGGAAAGGGAAUCGGAGGAAUCCUCUUUUCCCGCUUCUCCCGUUCCAGCGGUCAGGUGGGCAGCGUGGAAGAGGAGCCGUCGGACUCCGAGGGCGGAGUCUCCGAGGUUGAGAACGCCGGCUCGGGGGAGGAGGGAGCGUCGACGACGUCGGUGGCGGAGAGCGAGGAGAAGGAAAAACAAAAGGAAGAAGAGAGGAGCGAGGAGGAGCCUGUGAUGUCCCAGUCUACCUCGGCCAUCAUGGACAGCACCUCACUGGAGUUGGAGAGACGCAUCGACUUCGAGCUGCGGGAGGGCCUGGUGGAGAGCCGCUAUUGGUCGGCGGUGACGUCUCACACGGGCUACUGGUGCUCCCAUGACGUGGCUCUGUUCCUCCUCACCUUCAUGUACAGACAGCAAGACCCUCCUGAACCUGCAGACGACAACCCGGACACGUCCUAACCCAACUGACACACACUCAGCCACAGACCACGACAGGGGUCAAUUCACUUUCUAGUCACUCCUUUUGCAAUAUUAAUAAAAAGCCAAAUGCCUUUACUGUCAAUAAUUUGGAUAUAAGCAUUUUUUUUCUAAUUCAUGCACAGUCGCUCUAUUAGUCUUUACUGAUUGGACUGGAGUAACCUUUCAGUAGCCAAAUAUGUCCACUUUUUGGAACUGACUGAACUGAAAAUGAAUUGACCCGACACAGAUGCUCGAACUCAUGAUCCUAACCCCCUUCCAAUUUACACACUCAUACCUUGAUGUCCUUUGAACCAGAAUGAGCGGACACGUGAUGUGCACUCAGGACCGCCCCAACACACACACACACACACCCCACCCCCCACCUGAAGAAGCAUCUGUGCUCAUUUACCAAAGCCUCUCCCUCCCUUGUUCCCUGGUCCUUUCUCCCUUAAUGACGACUGUUUGCUUUCCUGCCCAAAAUGACCUGCUGUUGUUGGCUGUGGCUGGACUGGUGACUCUCUUUCUUCUUGCCAAUUACAACGAUGACUCCCCCUAAAACCCCUCUCAGCACCCCACAGCCCCCUCACCUCUGCCGUCAGCCCUUUCCAUCCUUCUGUCGUCCAGUUUUCGGCCACGACCUGACCGACUCGCUCCUGAAACUGUAGCCAUAGCGAAAGCCUCAAUGCUUGUUCCAGGCCUCGCCUGUCGACAAACACGUUGCUCCUUCGAUUUCUCAAUAAUCCGAUGCCUCGGGUGAGAGAGCAGGAACCCCGUCGAGAUCAUGUUUGCCGUCCCACCACAGGGGCGGGCUGUUUGCGACAGGGGGACUGCUUUCUCGUGGUAAGGCACUGCACAGAAACUGAACCCUAAAAACUGAAACGUGUAACAGAUAAUCAGAAGCAGCCUGUGUUAACUCUACUUUUACCUUGUGUACGUAGAGUCAUCCCAUGUGUCAUGCUGUCAUUGUUUACAUUCACUAAACUGCUAUUUUUGUUAGAAAUUAAGGAAAUAACACUAUGGCUCCUUAUUCUUUUAGGUGUUAGAAACUUGGUGGCCAAAUGUUUGCCCGUUGCCAAGAGACAGGGGUUGUUCUCGGAGCUUUUUGUCAUCAUGAGACAACCGCAGAAUGCCUGAAUUCAACUGUGAUUACUUUAAGGCACAAACUAUUUGUAUGAACACUGACAUAUCGCACAUGAUUUGAUAUUUUACUGCAUUUUGUAUUGAGGCAACUCAACGCAUUAUCACAUAUCUAUCAGCCCAGGGUCAAGCAGGUAAAAUAAAAUAGUUCACAGAUGUCAUUUAAUAAUUUGCAAGUAACUUUUAGUGUUUGUUUUUGUUUACCUGAUGGGCGGGGUUUGCUGAGCAGGACAAAACUAAUGACUACACUAAAGUUAAAACAGUCAGAAGCAGGUAUUCAGAAGUGAUAUAAUUUCUUGUUACAAAUUAGGUGAUACUAUCUGAUUGGUACUGAUGCUGUAAACCCCACCCAUCUGGUCAGUCCUGAUGAAUAAAACAAAUGCCAAGUAUUUGCAGGUACUGUUUGACCCAGGUUUGGUACCCAUGAGGCAUGAAGGACCCAUGCAUAAUGUUUUAUUUCUGACCACAAAGAGUUGCAUCUCUAAAUAUUUUAUAUUCUUUGUCAAAUUUAUUUCUCUAUCUUUUAAGCAUUUGAAAAUUAUAACUUUCUUCUUUGAUAAAUUGAAGUCAAACCACUUAGGAUUUUGAUUCAAAGAAAGCAUGAUAUGGAUACGGAUAUGCACCAUGUACAUAUAGAUUUGGGCUUUGCUCUGAUUUAACUGAGCUGAGGAGAUGAUAGCAUGCAGACAUUUUAAGCAGAGUCACAAGAUAAGUUUCAGUGAAUCUUUUCCGCACGUUACACCUAAUGCCAGGGAACAUUCAAAUCUGCCAUGAUUUAUGUUUGCAAUUUUUCUUUUAACACAGUUUUGUUGUGAGACAUUUUACUGUCCUGUUUGUUGUUAGAUUUUAUUCCCUCUUUGUUUUGGUGCCUCACUGCAUCUGGCCAUCAUUAUCUUGCAGGAAAAUUACUUUUUUGUAGACUUUAGUUUCACUUCUAAACAUCUCUUGAAGAGAGAAACAGUCUCAUUGGUUGAGUUAAACUUCAAUAGGCAAAGAGGAGAAAAAACUUCAGUUGUGAAGAGGCAAAUUUGAUCCGAAUAUGAAUGAAAAUGUAAAUGGGAGACACAUUUUUCACUCAUGAUCAAGACAUGGAUGAUCUUGAAUGGCUGGCAGACUAAAUGUUAAGUUUGCAUACAUCUGUAGGCUUGUAUGGCUACUUUGAACUUGAGAGUUCAGCAGGGCUAACCAGAUAACCAAAUAUAGUUAGAUUGCAUUUUUUUCAUAGUUUUUUUUUUUUUUUUCAUUUUAUUUGCUAUUAUUUUGCCUAAAUGGCGGUUCUUUGGCUCUCAUCAUUGACUAACGCGAUUAACUCAACAAAUGAGAUAAUUUCUGCCUCCAGAGCAACUUUGCCUCCCAUCUAGAACUUAACCCAAAAAUUCAUCAGUUAUUUAGCCCACUAGAUAAUAAGAUAUAGAAAUGGACCUGCAAAGGAUAGUUUAUUAUGUGACAAAGUGGCUGGUGGUAAAUUCAUCUGAAUACCUUUAAGCCUUCUAGGGCCAGACAGCAUACCAGUGAUUGUGUCCUUAGCCACACCCGUCCCUGUUUACAUGUCUUACUGUUACACGUCAUAGAAAGUGAUGCCUCUUUUAUGUGGAACUGUUUAGGCUAACCAUUUCUUGUGCCAUAUCUGUUGUGAUGUGUGGGUAUCCAUCCUGCUGUAAAACCCCCCUCCCCCUUUACUGCCUUGGACUCUGGCCGGGGUCGAUUCCCUUCCACUUCAGCUCAAAAUGAAGAUUUCCUUUUGCAAAUUGCUAUAGACUUGUAGCCAAUUUGCAAAAAAGUUGAGGUUGUAGUACCUGAAGUCCAUCAUGUAGUGUUUCUAAAAUAGUGGAUCCAGACUGUAAAAGUGGUAGCUAUCAGUUAAUUUGCCUAGUUUGAUGUAGGAAUACACUACUAUGUUUUAAUUUUACAUUAUCAAUUACUUUACGAUGGUAAGUGCCAUUUUUUUUCCACUGUGGAUUCUAUUUAAAUAUUAAAACAGAGAAGUUCAGCUGUUCCUAUAAUUAUGAUGAAUAAUCUUGAAUCAAGCCUUCAUUCUUGAAAACCUCGUGAGGAAAGUCCACUGCUGUAAGUGACUGAAGUGAAAGUGAACGGAUCCUGCCUUGCACAAGAGGACACUGUUAAUUUGCCGUCAUGCUCACCCUUGCUGCCCUCGGUGUUCUGUUCUCUCUUGGAUGAUGUGGUGCUUUACCUUGGUAAAUCUUUUAAGUUUUUCAUUAAAAUGUAUCUCUGCACUUC